CCCCUACUACCACUACAACUACUACCCCUACUACCACUACAACUACUCCCCCUACUGCCACUGCAACCACUACAUCUACUACCACUACAACCUUUACCUCUAAUAACACUGCAACCACUACACCUAUUACAACAACUGCCAGUACCUCUACUACCAUUCCUACUACUACAACCACUACUGCUACUAUUGCUUCUGCCACUACCACUGCUGCUACUAACACUACUGCACUUACUAUCACUACAACAACUAUUCCUGCUACAACUACCAAUCCUACCACCUCCACAACUGUUAUUGGUACCACUACAGCUAAUCCCUUCACUACUAAUGCAACUACUACUACUACAACCACCACUCCUACAACUGUUCCUGUUGUCACUUUAACCACUGCUCCCACUAAUACUACAACUACUACUACUACCACUACAGCUACUCCCUUGAUUACCAAUGCAACUACUACUCCAACUACAACUGCCUCUCAUACCACUAUAACUACUCCUGCUACCAAUACAUCCAUUACUCCCAUCACUACCUCUACUCCCACUACUACAACUACUAUCACUACAACUCCUUUAACUACUAUUCCUGUUACUACAACCACUAUGACAACUACAACUCCCAUUACAACUACUACCUCAACAACCACUGCUAAUACUACUGCUCCUGCCACUACAGCUACCCCUCUCAUCACUACAACAAAUUCUACUUAUAAUCCAACAGCUACAACCAUCACCUCCAGUAAAACUAUUACAACCACUACUCCUACCACUACUAAAACGUCCACUAGCAAUAUUAAUACCAUUGCUACCACUACUACUGCCAACACAACCUCUACUACUUCCACCAGCUCUUCUACCACUACCUCAAUAACCACUAACAAUAUUACAAAGUUUACCACGACCAUUACAUCUCCUACCACUAUCACUGCUACCUCUUCUAGAAUUACUACUAUGCAUGCCACUUCUACAACACCCAAAACAAAUAUAACUACUGCCAUGACCACCACUACUUCCACCACUACCAGGCCUAUCACUACAUCUACCAUCCCAGCCACUACAUUCACCACCAUUCCCACCACCACAACAGCCCUGACAGUUACCACCACUAAGAUCCUCACCACCACUGACACUGGCACCUCAAGCCCUAACCCAAACUGUGGACUGGAGGACCAGCGACACAAGUAUCACUGGAGUUCCCCUAAAUUUCCAUGUCGAAACUAUCCUAACAACUUCACCUGCAUCAUCAGGGGAGGAUCAAGGAGACCAUUCUGGGCAAUCUUCAAGUUUAAUGUGUUUCAGUUGCCCCUGGGCUGUGGUGAUCUGGUGUCCCUCACACUUCCCUUCAGCAGACAGGUGGUCUUUUGUGGCACUCGAAGCAGACCAUAUUUAGCUCCAACAUUCAACUUUGAGGCAUCUUUCACCACAGAUGCUGAUAAGACAGAUAUUGGGUUUAACAUCACUGUGACACCUAAGAAAUCACCUUGUCACAAGCAUGUGCUGCUGACUGAGAAUGAUACUAUGGGCAAUGUUUCCAUCUGGAAGACUGGGAGAGUGAGGCAGCUGGUUCUGUGCGAGUGGUGGAUUGAGGCUCCACAAGGUAGUCGUCUUAGGGUUGAAAGUGUGAUGACUACUCUUGCCUGGACUAAGAACUGCAAGAGUGACUACCUGGUGAUCAAUGCAGAGGGGCACAGGAUGUACCCUGCAGACUCCAGCAUCAUUUACUGUGGUCGGAUGAAUGCAGUGACACCCCUCACGACAUCUAGCAAUCUGCUGCUUGUGGUAUACAGGGGUAGAGUGCCGUGGAGCAAAGGCUUUGUGUUGCACUACAAGAUACUAUAAAUUUAGAGGAAAGUGUAGCUACCAUCACAAAAUGUGUGAAGGUCAAUGGCUAUAUUUCAUAAAACAUUAAUGAUGAAAUAAACUAGUUAAUACUUGAAUGUGGUGGCACUCAUCAUGAACUCAUCAUGACUUUCAGAAAUGUACACUUUGUGUUGUUUUGAGAAAGAGUGUCAUGAAGAAAAGGAUUCAUACUUCAAGUAAAAAUAUUGAAAAGGUAGUGCACACUCAUUACGUGAAAAUUAACGGCUGUGCUGUACAAAGUGGUGGGGGUAACCUUAAUGGUACAGGUAAUGUGGUUAGAACUAGAUCUGAAGGGGAUUUAAUAACCAUCAAUGGCAUGGGAAAAAUCUUAUGAAUAAACACUCACUUGAUAGUGGUAGAAAAUUGGUCUGUUGCUUAUCAGCGCCACAUUUCCUCUUACUACUGCAUGUUUACCUCUUACUACUGCAUGUUUACAAAUCAUGCAUGAUGUAAUUUUCUUGACACUUUCUGCUACCAUUUAUGAAUUUCCAUGCACACAUUUCAUGUAAUUACAUGUAUGUAAUGCUUAUUUUACAUAUAUACAGUAGAUGG